UCUCUAUAUGAUUGCUUUGAUGUUUUUUUUUUUUUUUUUGCUUUAAUGGGUUCUGUUCUUUUUUCUUUUUUCAAAUUCUUUUCCCUUUCUAGUGAUUAGUUAUACUUCUAUUGAGUCGCUUAAGAAACUGGGUAAUGUUCUUUGAACCCUUUAUAUAAGUAUUUUUUCUUUUUCCUCAAGCAUGUGUGUCUAGCAUGCUCUAUCUAUAUGUGGAUCUUAUAUUGUUUGGGUAGCUAAGAAGAGUGAAUAUAUAUAUAGUGAGAUGCACAGUGUCCCCUUCAUUUAAUUCUGAAGUGUAUAAGACUGCCUUCUGAUAGGAUUUCUUAGUAUUCCUUUUUGCUCUGUACUUUGCAGUGUUAGUUUUCUUUCUGGAAACUGUGGCAUUUUCUUACUUCUGAUCUAUGGGAGAGCAGUUAGGAUUGCUAAAGGUGACUGUCGUGCGAGGAAAAAGGUUGGUUAUCCGGGAUUUCAAGAGCAGUGAUCCUUAUGUAGUGGUCAAGCUGGGGAAUCAGACUUUGAAGACAAAAGUUAUUAACAGUUGCCUUAAUCCAGUCUGGAAUGAAGAGCUAAGUUUCUCCCUCACAGAACCCAUUGGAGUUCUAAGUUUGGAAGUAUUUGAUAAAGACCGUUUCAAGGCAGAUGAUAAGAUGGGACAUGCUCAUAUCAGCCUUCAACCCAUAGCCUCUGCUGCUAGAUUGAAGCAGAUACUGCAGGUUUCUUCGGGUGAAACAAUUUUAAGAAAGGUUGUCCCAGACACUGAUAACUGUCUUGCUAGAGAAAGCUCAAUUAGCUGUAUUGAUGGUGAGGUGGUUCAGAGCGUUUGGUUGAGGCUCUGUGCGGUUGAGUCUGGGGAGAUAGAACUAAAGAUUAAGUUAGUUAAUCCUCCUGUUGCUUCUUCAAGGUAGCAUAGAAGCUUAGGAUUGCCCUAGGGAUAGACUUGCGACAUUGAUUGGAGAGGUAGAUGUAUCUGUAGGCUGUCUUUUCCUGGUCUUACCCUUUCAGAAGCAUCAACUAGAUUUUUUCAGUGUUACCUGAAGCAUCACCAUUAGUACAUAGUUGAGCUGGCUCAUGCAGGACCAAAUUCCUUUACUCUGAGCUGCGCAGGUGUGCAAGUUUGUGUGAUUUUCAAAUUGGUAUCGAGUUUGAUGAAGUUCUGAACAACAUAUGUUUGUUGGAUUCUAUUUUAAGAUUUUGCAGGUAAUCUACAAAAUCUAUCUGCUAUGUAAAAAAGAAAAUUGCCAUUUCAAGGAACAUAAUAUAUUAUCAAUUGUUGUAGAAUAUAAGUUUACUGUUA